AUGAACGCGAGGGGGUACCGAAGCACCAGAACUGCUCUUUUUGAUGGCAUUGAAGAAGGUGGAAUCCGAUCAUCAGCUUAUUCUUCACAUGAGAUAGAUGAACAUGAGAAUGAGCGAGCUAUGGAUGGAUUGCAAGAUCGAGUCAGCAUUCUCAAGAGGAUAUCAGGUGAUAUAAAUGAAGAGGUGGAGGCUCAUAACCGGAUGCUGGACAGAAUGGGGAAUGACAUGGAUUCAUCAAGGGGGUUUCUCUCUGGAACAGUGGACAAAUUCAAGACAGUGUUCGAGACCAAGUCGAGCAGGAGGAUGGGGACACUCGUGGCGUCAUUCGUCGCGCUCUUCAUGCUAGUGUACUACCUGACCAGUUCUUCUUUUUGCUCUGGUGAUGUGUAA